AAGAGUUUAGUGGUUUGAGGAAUGUUUGGUUUACUAGAAGUAAACGGGCUGGCACAGAAAGUAACUUUGUGCUGGUCUAAGUCUUCUUUAUAACUUCUUGACACCAAAAAAGGCAGAAGAGGACCUACUAAACUGGUGUAGUUGUAUUUAAAGUCACUUCGGAACAAAAAGGAGCAGCGAGCCCAGCAGUGGAUCCGGUUGCAUUUAGGUUAUCAUUCAACAUCUUCACAACCGUUUUUCCAGUUAGCUGGUUGUGUUUCAGUAAAGCCAAUGCUUUCGUCCUCGCCAUUCUGGAAAAAAUACGUCAAAUGUGUCUUCUGAUAUUUCAUGGCUUCCUCCUGACGGUGUGAGGAUGGGUCAGGGUGGUGUCGGCAGUGGCUGCAGCCCUGGAGGCUGAUGAAGACGCUCCAUUGGCCAGUCAGGAUGCAUAUAGCCUCAGUGGGUGUCAGCAAGUUCUGCUUCCUGUUCUCCCUGGCGUUCUGCGGCCUCCUGCUCCUGCUCAUCCCGGCCCUCCAGCCCCAGGCCCGCCAGCUGGACCUGCCUCAGCCCCGGCCCCAAGUCCGCCCCGCUCCGGAGGACCUCCUGGCUCCAGGAGGGUCUGAACACUCAGAGGAGACUGACUCGGCAGGGUGGGGCAGACCCAUCCAGACUAAAGGGAUCACACAUGAGAUCCACAGUCCCAAAAGAGGGACGGACUCCAAAAAAGGAGUGCUGCCUGGGGGAAAGGGUGGUAGAGUUUCAGGGUCCAGGCCACGGGACCUGUUGGAGUUAAAGGACAUUUUUAUUGCAGUAAAGACUACCAGGAAGUACCACAAGUCCAGACUGGAGCUGCUGAUCCAGACCUGGGUUUCCCGAGCUAAAGAACAGACCUACAUCUUCACUGAUGGUGAAGACAAGGAGCUCCGCAUGAGAACAGGAGUGAACAUCAUCAACACUAACUGCUCAGCCGCUCACACCCGCCAGGCUCUGUGCUGCAAGAUGUCCGUGGAGUACGAUAAAUUCAUAGAGUCUCAGAAAAAGUGGUUCUGCCACGUGGAUGAUGAUAACUACGUGAUCCUGCCCAGCCUGCUGCAGCUGCUCUCCACCUACCACCACAGCCAGGAUGUGUACCUGGGCCGGCCCAGUCUGGACCAUCCCAUUGAGGCAGCAGAGAGGGUCAAGAGUGACGGAUCGGUGUCGGUUAAGUUCUGGUUUGCAACAGGUGGAGCAGGUUUCUGUAUCAGCAGAGGCCUGGCACUGAAAAUGAGCCCAUGGGCCAGUUUGGGGAACUUCAUCAGCACAGCAGAGAAGAUCCGGCUGCCAGACGACUGCACCAUCGGCUACAUCAUCGAGGCGCUGCUGGAGGUGAUGCUGACACACACACACCUCUUCCACUCACACCUGGAGAGCCUGCAGAAGCUGCCCACCGACACCGUGCUGGAGCAGGUGACUCUUAGCUUCGGAGGCUUUGAGAACAGAAGGAAUGUGGUCAGCAUUGUUGGGGGCUUUUCACUGUCGGAAGACCCCACAAGGUUUAAGACAGUGCACUGCCUUCUGUAUCCAGAUACUCACUGGUGUCCAAAACUCCAACAUCACCCCAGAACCUGAAAGCUUCUGUUUCCAUCCUGCAGCACGGACUCCUGCUACACAUGUAUCCCACUGCCUUCCCCUGCCGUGUUUGGAUCUAUGUGACAGUUCUGAAACUCAUGUAACAGUAUAUGAAGGAUUGUACAGUAUUAUAUAGAGCCCCUGCUCUUUAUCUGAGGGCACGGAGUGUUCAAUGAAACCAAAGGCCUUCACCCACAAACCACUGACUUUAGUGUGAGUUAACACAUACUGUUGACAUUUUAACCUAAAGUCAAUGUAAAUCAAUCUAGUUUCUUUAGAAUUAAAUAUUGUUGAGGUACUUUUAAAGGAGGCUGAUGUAUUGAGAUGAUCAUAAUGGUUUGGUCUCAAACAUGAACUGAACUGAUGUUAGAUAUGACAGAAAGGACAGAAGCCCUCUGAAGAAGCUUCAUAUUCCACAUGGCCAGGCACACGUUUUUUUUGUAACUGUUACAGUUGGAUGCCUUCAUAUUUUCAGCCAAAUAGCUCCAUCAUUAUGGUUUUGCACUACUUUGACCUUGUCACUUCCUGUUUGUUACUGUCUGUAGUUACAGUGUAAAUAUGAAUGAUCAUUAUGUAUUCUGUCUUUGCAUAGGUUGUAGUUUUAGCUCUGCAUGCGCUCUUUAAGGCAGAGAUGAUUAGUUUGAUGGAGUUAGUGGAGCCAAAGAUAUUUCUACUACAGCGGUUACAUUUGGUUUGGACAUUCAUGGUCCAAAGUGGGUGCUACUAAUGAUUUAAUUGACCCCUGACCUUUUGUUGUGCAGUGUCAGCAAGUCAAAGGCCCUUUCUCAUUUCAUCAAAUCCCCCUCCUCGACUCCUCGGUCCUCCGGUAGUGACCCGGAAAUGAAUUUUAGCGCGCCAUGUUGAAGGACAUCUAAUUUCUCUAAAUGCACUUCGAGGAUCGAGUGUCGAGGAGGCUCUCUGGAGGAGCUCUAACCGAGGAUACACUGAUGGGUCCUCCACGGCUCCUUCGUGGAUGCAUUUCCGGGAACAGAGAUGUUUCAAAGCGUCGUGACGCACGGCCGGACUUAUCUCAGCCAAUGACAGCUCUGCAUGCAUCCCCUGGAUAUUAUUGUAUUAACUGCUCUCAUGCAAGGCGAUGUUUACAGAGAGAACAGCUGUGAGGUUCGUGCAGAAAGCAGAGCAGUGUGUAUAAUAUAUAUCACUCAGUAUAACAGGCCUACUCUCUUUAUUUGCUGUAGUUUAGUAGAUAUCUACAAACAAAGAGUCGAUAUUUUUCUAAAACCAUUUAGUGCUUCACAUAAUAAAA